AUGUCAAGUGGCCAAGCACCAAAUAGACGUGGAAACAUCAAGCGACCAGAUGUGGGCGUUCGUGACAAGAAAUUGGAGGUAUUGAACGCACAAUUGAAGAAGAUUGAUACCGAGGUCCAAGCGAUCAGAAAGCAGAUCGAUCAAAACCAGGUGUCAUCUGGCGCUCAAGAUGAACGCUCUAAGUUGCAACAGCAGCUUCGCGACAUAAUUAAGACCCAGAGUGACUUGAAGUCGCGUAGACAGGCUAUUCAUGACAAGAUCAAAGAGCUAGACAACGCGCUGAAGCGUAAGAAGGGCGAGAUCGCAGCUAAGGUCGGCAGCAAGGCGCAGUACCAAUCAGUUGACGACAUCAAGGCACGUCUUUCUGAGAUUGACAGAGACAUCUCAUCUGGUGACUUGUCGCUUGUUCAGGAAAAGCUGCUUGUUAAAGAAAUGCAAGCUUUGAACAAGCUUACAAGAGACUUCCAGGCUGUGGAGCCCGUUAAGAAGUCCAUGGAUAAGGACCGUGAAACCAUUAACGCCCUUAAGCAGGAGCUAAACGAGCUCAACCCAAGAGAGGUGUCUGCCAAGUUUGAAGCUACGCAGAAGAAGUUGAAUGACUUGCAGGGCAAGAAUCAAGUUGUGUACGACAAACGUCAAACCCUCUUCAACAAGCGUUCCGCCUUGUACAAGAAGCGUGAUGAGGUUUACGCUCAGAUUACACAGAUCAGGUCUGAUUUUGACAAUGAGUUCCAAGCUUUCAGAAGCAAACUAGAAAAGGAGCGUUUAAAGCGCGAAGAGGAACAAAAGUUGUCCAAGCUUUUGGAGGAAAAGGACAACGCUAUGGGCAAAUUGCAAGAGAAACUAACCCAUGCACGUCAACCUGCCUUCACAUUUGAAAUCGAGGCCAUCGAGAAUGUCUUGUGUGUUUUGGAUCCUACUUACGUCAAGCCCGCCAAGCACGUGCUAGAUGUUCCAGCAACUGCUUCCACUCCAAAGGCCCAAAUCAGAAAAGUUGAAGCCGACGACUUGGUUCCUAUUGUCAAGGAGAAGGAGGAGUUCUUCUCAACCACUCCAAAGUCCAAGAAGAACAAAAAGAAGAACGCAUCUUCUGCCUCUGCUGCCUCUAGCAAGUUUUCUUUGGAGCCAACCAUGAUUGCCACCUUGGCCGAACUUGACGUUACCGUGCCAUUAGGUAAGGAGGACGUUCCAAAGACCGUUGAGCAAUUGAAGGCUAAACAUGAAGAAUUCCUCUCCAAGCAAGACGAGCAAACUGAAAAGAACAUUGCUGCUGCUGAAGAAGAUUUGAAGAAAUUGGAACUGGAAUAUGCUCAAAAGGAGGAACAGGUCAAGAAGGAACUUGAAGAGAAGAGAAUCAAGGAUCAACAAGAACAAGAACAAGAUGAAAAUUAA